AUGAGUGUAGACGACAGCGCAGAUGCCGAACUCAACGCUGCGCUUGAGAAACACUUUGGCCACACCAGCUUCAAAUCAGAUUUGCAAAGAAGUGCUAUAAAAUGUGCCGUGGAAAAAAAGCGCGACAUAUUUGUGUCUAUGCCAACCGGCUCCGGAAAAUCGCUGUGCUACCAGCUUCCCGGUGUACUGUGUGAAAAUCAAAUAACUAUUGUUUUUUCACCGCUGCUGGCGCUAAUUAAGGAUCAAAUAGAUCACUUGGGUAAGCUUAAGAUACGCGCCGAUUCGCUGAACUCCAAGAUGUCAAAUAAAGAACGCGAUGCGGUUAUCAGCGAUCUAAAAGCUAUGCGCCCUAGCAUCCGUUUUCUAUAUAUAACGCCCGAACAGGCGGCAACACAGUUUUUUCAAGAUCUCUUGCAAACAUUGGUGAAGCACAAUAAGAUCGCUUAUUUUGCCGUCGAUGAGGCGCAUUGUGUUUCGCAGUGGGGUCAUGAUUUUCGACCAGACUAUCUUAAACUUUGUAACCUGCGUAGAAAGUAUAACAGUAUCGUUUGGUUGGCGCUGACGGCGACUGCAUCCAGACAAGUACGUGAAGACAUUUUCCAGCAUUUAGCGCUGAAGCAGCCGGUUGCCAGAUUUACGACGCCAAGCUUUCGAAAGAAUCUCUUCUAUGACGUAGUGUUUAAGAAUUCAAUUGAGGAUGAUUUCCAGCAUUUAGCUGCAUUUGCUUUACACUGUUUUGGGGAUGUGAACGAGUUCAAAGCCGUGCCGGCACCAAAACGUGGCUGCGGCAUUGUUUACUGUCGCACGCGUGAGAACGUGGAACGCGUAGCAUAUGGCAUUUCCAAGCAAGGUGUGGGCGCUGUGGCCUAUCAUGCGGGCCUAAAAGGAGCAGAGCGCAUACAAGUGCAAGAGCAAUGGAUGAACGGUGAAUACCCUGUGAUAUGUGCAACGAACAGCUUUGGUAUGGGUGUGGAUAAGCCGUCGGUGCGUUUCGUUGUGCAUUGGGAUGUGCCACAGAAUGUGGCGGCCUAUUAUCAAGAGUCCGGCCGCGCUGGACGUGAUGGACUACAAUCAUACUGUCGCUUGUAUUACGGCAGAGAAGAUGUGAAAUCUAUACAAUUUUUGCUGCAGAACGAUGUAAAUAGAACGAAGAGUUCCACCUGCUCUGGAAAGCAGGAGUUGGCGCAGCGUGCUGUGAAAAACUUUGAGGAGAUUGUUAGCUUCUGUGAGAGUCUGCGUUGUCGCCACAAACUCUUUUCCGAUUACUUUGGUGAUCCGCCACCAGACUGCAAUGGUCAAUGUGACGUGUGCAAGCAGCCUAAAAAAAUCGAAAAGGCUUUAGAAAUGUUUCACAAAUUAUGCAUGGAUGGCCGUUUCAAAUCUGGCGUUUCAUUGGAGGAUAGCGCUGAUUUGUAUGAAGGUGGUCGUGCGGCUGCAAAAAGACUAAAGGAGGACUAUGGCGAGUCAGACAGCGACAGCGCUGUAAGUCACGAUCAGUUGGCCAAAAAGGCAAAGCGUGAGUCAGAAGAUUUCAUACGUAAACAAUUUCAACUGCGCAAGCAAUUGAAUGCGGCACGCGAGGUGGAGAAGGAGGGCAAAUCACAGAUAACACGUGUCAAGCAUGCGCCAUCAUCCGGUGUCAAAGUUUCCGGACUUACAGCGGCCAUACGUGAGAACUACCUCAGCGCCAUCAUCAGUGCGCUGAAGUUAAAUGUUGAACAGUGCAAAGAAGAUGAUCCGCGGAGGGAUCUGCGCCAUCGCGAUAUUGAAGCCAUUGCCAUAGACGUAGAGUAUGAAUGCUUUUCAAGGGUGAAGGUGGCCAACAUGUAUCGACACGCCUUGGCGAAAGAGCUUGCAGCCAUCCGCCAGCAAACCAGCAAAGAGCUGCUUAUGCCGAUAUUAAGAUCCUAUGUGGCGCGUCCCGAAACGAGUCAGCAGGGCGUCUGGACGGGCGGAAGUGUUGAGUAUUUCGAGCGUAAAUUGAAAGAGCUGGAAGACUCGCGUCCAACAUCACCCAGUGUGCCGAACAAAAACAAUUCCUCGAAAGAUCUGCCGAAGGCGCUGCGGCAUAAAAAAAGUUACAAACAAGACACUACCAAGCAGACCACCAUUGCCAGCUUUUUCGAGAAGAAUAAGAAAAUUAAAAGUGAAGACGAUAACUGUUCGCCGGUAAGCAGUAGUAGUGAGAGCCAAGGUAUGGAAGGCAAUGAAAAUGGUAAUAUCAAGCAAGAGCACAUGGAGUGCAUGGAUAUAGAAAAGACAGGCAACGAGCAAGAGAAAGAAGUUGAUUUCGCAGGCACACCCGUAAAAGCAGAAGAUGCUUACGACACCGACAAAGACGACACCAUAAAAAAUGAUAGUGUUAAUUUGAAAAUAGAUGAUGAUCUCGAGGACAUAAGCGACAAAGAUAUCAACUCCAAUGAAUUUAAAAUGAGCGAAGACGAGGAAAAGAAUGACAGUGACCAAUAUGGCAAGGCGCGCUUGGAUAAGCAUGCUGCGAAACCGGCGGCUGGCAAAAUGGAUACAUUAUUUGGCAACGACGAUUGGGACGAUCCAGCUCAGGAAAUGUUAGAGAACUCCAUUAAAUAUACAACUAAGAAAGAGGAUGGUAAAAUAAAGACACUCUUUGGCGAUGAAUCGGAUAUUUCCACUGCAAACAAAUCAGAUAGCUCUAACAGAACAGAUGCCAGGAACGAAGAUGACGAGUAUUACGAGGUGCUCACACAUCACAAACGCAAACACAGAACAUCACACUACAGCAAAUCCAAGGAAAAAUCACCUUUGCACAGCUACAAAAGCUCGGCCAGUUACGAUGCAUACUAUCAAUCCACUUCCAGCGCCAGCUCACAUCAUCAUAAAUCAAUCACCAGUACUACGUUAAUCACGCAUCAAUACAAAUCGGAUUCAUCAUCUACUAGCUCAUCCUCGCGACGCAAGCACAAACACAAGCAUCACUCCAAGCAUAAGCACAAGGAUGACGAUUUGGACGAACUCGAAAUGUACGAGAGUGCAACGGCCAGCAAAUGUAAAUACCAAGACGCCUUCGAGGACUCGGUCAAAUAUGAAAAGUCGGUGAAGGAAAAGCUCAAAGCGCUGCGCGCCGAAUGGCAGGAAUUCGAAGGCGAAUCGGAUAAGAAACACGAGGAGUCGGAAGAUUCGCUUGACGAAUUGGAACUGCUUGCUUUAAGUAAGAAGAAAAUAGAAGAUGAGCUAAAGGCUUUAGAAGAGAUCGAGCGUAACGCAGCGGCGGGUGAUAAAGCGGCUGCGCAGAAAAAGUUACUCAAGCAUGACGAGCAAACUGCUGCAAACAGCGAUCUAAAACAAAGCGAAAAAGAAACUGCAACAAAAAACACAAACGUUGCCGCAUUAAAGGCGGAAGAUGCGUCUAGGCAGUCGGACUGGCAUGCAGCCAAGCGCAAGAAAGAACUACCCCAAACAACCGAAAGUGAUAUGAAUGGCAGUAAAACCAAGUACGCAUUGCCGAAAAACAAUAAAAAUACUGAAAAUUCCAAUACCAGUGAAAAUGCGGCAAAAGGCGGCGAAUAUCGUAAGCCAAUGCAAAGACCCGCAACGAAUACAAAACACGCCACAAAUGAAAGACAAGCGCGCCUCAACGCUGCCAAACAUAAAUCGGAUGUGAGCAAAUCCGUAGUUGAGCUACUAAAUCCAUACUAUAAAAACAAGAUCACUUCAAAAGAGCUCUUCAAAACAUUGGCCAAAAGAAUAACGAAUCGUGUUUGUGACGGCAAAUUGGAGCCGUCGCAUUGCAAAUCAUACAUACGUGAUACCUUCCUCACCGUCAAUAUGAUCGCCACAGACGCAGACAUAGACAAAUACUUUCCGCUCACUUGAACAAACGGCUGGCACUAUGCUAGGCAAUAGCACACUUCAUUGUACUAGGCUGGCUCGUGUCGCAAUCAUACAUUUCACUAUAAAACUAUUUCUUGACUUUUCGUGCUAAAAAUUUCAACUUUUCGCUAGAAUUAGAUUUGAACAAUGGAUUACUUCGAACCAAGCAACAUAUUUGUGCAUUUCUUUAUAAUGACAAGGCGCAUGUAGUUGCCAGAAGUGCCAUAAAGAAUGCAAUUUAUUUAUAAAAACUUUCCGAAUUCAUUAUCUACAUAUAAACCUACAAAUGUAUAUUGCUUAAUAGUUACACUUACGCUAAGCUUCGUUCUUUCUAAAAAAUGCUCAAUAAGCAAAUACAAAACAUUUUAAUUUCUGUGACCAGUUAGUAAAGCUGAAUUCUACGUUUAUUUUCCGCUGGCUGUAAGUGGCUUUUGUUUCCUAUAUAUGUUCGUGCUUA